UCCCACACUACCAAUGACAUUCAUGAUUCUUAAAAUUCAAAAAGAGGCAGCUAUGUAUCCAACAUCACACAUGGGGUGCCACCACACAUGAUCAUGACUUAAAUCUUCCCUUCUUAAAACCUCACAACUUUCUCUUCAUGUAAUACAAACAUUUCAUGUUUCAUGCAGUGAGAGAGAUCAAAAGGAAGGUUGCUUUUUAGAAACAAGUGUGCUUUUUUGGUGAUGGAGAAAAGCAAGUCAUUUCCUGAAUACUCUUGUUCUUACACUGAAUUUGGAUACAGUGAAAGGUCUAACUCAUAUAAUUUCAAUGGACCAAGUGAUAAGGGAAGUGGUUUUUCUGCAUCAAAUGAUUCAGAGCUUAAGAGGAAGAAGAGAAUCAAGUCUUAUAAUGUGUUGGCAGUGGAAGGAAAGCUUAAAAGUAGUGUAAGAAACAGCUUCAAGUGGAUCAAGAACAAGUUCAGCGAUGUUCGGUAUGGCGUGUGAACUGUGACUAGCCCUUAGAUUGAAUCAAAUGUUUAGUAAUCUUAGCUUUCAAGGUAAGAAAUUGAAACAAACUAAAGAGGAAAAAUAUUUCUGGAUGUAUUUGUAAGAUAAGAUGUUUUACAUGAAAAAUGAAUUAGGGAGCAUGUUGUGUUUUUUUGGAAUAUAUGUGCUUUGUAAUGAAAAUGUCAUCAAAGGUGUCUAAUGUUUAUUGUAAGAACUUAGAACAAGUGAAAAUUAGCAUGCUUUGUAUCAAACAAGCAAGAAUUCUAAAUGUUUCUAAGAAUUGAGAUUACUAA